GUCCUUUUGAUCCAUCACUUGGAUUACCUGCAUGGGCUCUAACCCCAUCAUGUUCGUUGUGGAUUCGACUUGUUGGCAACGGCCCCGGAAUGAAUCUGUAUAGAUUCAGAAUAGCAUCGUCAUGCCUAAAUUUCGCACGAAAUUGUACAAGACCGAUCGAGCUCGGGAUUUCGAGCAUGAGCAGGAUCGCCGUGUCCGCAUGCGACAAAUCUACGAGACGAUCGAUCGGCAGUCAUUUCAAUGGAUUGUGGUACUUGUGGCUGGAGUCGGGUUCUUUCUCGACGGGUAUACCCUGUUCGCGAGUAAUAUGGCCCUCCCCAUGAUCGCCUACGUCUACUGGAGAGAAGAAACGUCGUCGAUGAGAAAUACCUACAUUAAUAUCGCUACACUCGCCGGCACAUUACUGGGCCAGGUGAUGUUUGGGUACCUGGCAGAUCGCAACGGCAGGAAAAAGAUGUACGGGGUGGAGCUGGUGCUCAUGAUCGUUUCGACCCUGGGGGUGGUGAUGUCGUCGAGCGGCGAACACCAGAGCAUGGAUGUAUUCUCCUGGCUUAUCUGGUGGAGAAUCAUCGUUGGGAUUGGCGUUGGUGCCGAUUACCCCCUCAGUGCCGUGAUAACAUCAGAAUUCGCACCCACAAAACAUCGAGCCCGCAUGUUGGCAACCGUCUUUUUCAUGCAGCCUCUCGGGCAGAUCGCGGGGAAUCUCGUCUCCCUAAUUGUUGUCGCCGUGAGCAAAAAGCAAGGAUUCGACGACCUCACACGCACCGUGGAUAUCAUGUGGCGAUGGGUCAUCGGUAUCGGAGUGAUCCCCGGUGUCAUCGCAACCCUCUUCCGAUUCGCCAUCCCCGAGAGUCCUCGAUACCUCCUCGAAGUCGAAGAUGACCCCGUCACGGCCGAAUUCGACGCCACCACCCUGUUUCAUGAACCCUCUUCUACAUUCACCUCUCCCUCGAUCCAAACUGAAGACAGCUGGAACCACCUCCCUCUCCCCGCUAUAUCCCUCACCACUCACUCCAUCGAUGAAGGCCGAUCCCCUUCCCAAACUGAAUUCCUCCAACCGGCCACCCUGAACUCCCACUGGCGCCUCAGCCGCCGCGACAUCAUCCAGUAUUUCUGGACGGAAGGAAACUGGCGCACUCUGGCCGGGACCUCCCUCUCCUGGCUCCUUUUGGACUUUGGCUUCUACGGCAUUGGCCUAUCAAGUCCGCAGUUCCUCGCCAAAACCUGGGGCUCCCUGAAUAUCACGGGGAAAGUUCCCCCAUGGCAGACCGACGACUCGCCCGGUGCAAACCUCUACCAGAUGUUCUUGGACAGUUCAACCCACGCGCUCGUCAUCCUCAACGCCGGCAGUUUCCUCGGCGGAUUGGCUUUAAUCCUCAUCAUCCACAAGCUCGACCGAACCGGACUCCAGAAAAUCACCUUUCUCGCCCUAGCUGCACACUUUAUCGCCCUCGGCACGAUGUUCAUCACCGUGCACAAAGAAGGCCCCGUCGCCGUGGCCCUCUACAUCAUCGGCCAGGCCCUUUUCAACUUCGGCCCCAACGCAACAACCUACAUCCUCCCCUCGGAACUCUUCCCCACCCGCUACCGCGCCACCUGCCACGGCAUCAGCGCCGGCGCCGGCAAACUCGGCUCCAUCCUCGUGCAGGUCUUCUCCGCCUACUACAACUUCGGCACAGGGGUCGGCAACGAACCCACCAUCCGGCACGGCUGGAUCCUGAUUGUCUUCAGCGCGUGCAUGAUCCUCGGCGCGGCGGUGACGCAUUUCUGGAUCCCGCCUGUGCAGGUGCGUCGCGGGGACACGAGCGGACGGGUCAACAUGGGCGCGAGGAAGAAGCGGGGACAGCUUUGGGGCGGUAAGACGGUCGAGUUGGAGGUGUUGGCGCUGGGGAGGAUGCAGGAACGGAGUCUCUAUUCGGCGUGGUAUCUGGGAGGGUCGAGUGCGGGUGCAGGUGCGAGUGUUGGUGGGUCGCCGUUUGGGGGGAUGGCUGUUGAUGGGUGAUUUGGUUGUUGGUAUAUUAAUUAAUGGAUUGGGAGGGUAUAUAUUUGGAUUGGUUCGGAUUGGUCGGACGGGUCAGUUGGAGUUCACCUGGGAUAUAUAUAUGGUUCCCUGGCUGGCUGGGACUGCAAAUAACUGGUUUUAUAUCUUUUGCUGUGGUAUAUUUAUACGCAUUUGAAUAAUAGAUAAUAUUCCCC